GAAGAGAGAGAGAUAGGGGGGAAGCAGAUUUGCAGUUGAAGAAGCAGUUGCUGUCUCAGCUUUGCUUACUUAAGAAACAAAAACCUCAGGGAAGUUAGGCCAAAGGUUAGCUUCCCUCCAAGUUUCCCUCUUCUCUCUUUCUAUUCACUUGGAAUCAAAGCAAAGGGUUUUUUCAGUUGAUUCUUGGUCACCAUCCGAGACCCAACUUCCACCUUCCGGUCGUAUUCCCCCACUACCAUCUUCUCUGUUAUAUCUGCUUCUCAACUCCUAUAUCUACUUCAGCUUAUUGGAUAUUUGUUCAUACAAUAUCCUAUAUUCAUAAAUACCCACCUCUGUUUUACAGCUCUUGUAAAAGUGAGGUUCUUUAUUAGUUUGGUUUGAUGGUAAAGCUCUUCAAUUGAGGGACCAUAGCUGGCAAGUGGGCGCCAAAAACUUGUGCUUUGUAAAGUACAGGUUGUGACAGUUUUUAGAAGUUGGUUUGUGCCUGGAGAAUUGAUUUUUUAGGAGUCUUAAUUGGUGGGAUUUCUGCCUGCAGUUGGCUAUGGGAGCCUUAAGAGUUAGAACUGCAGAUACACAAGCUUCUCAAUUCAACAGUUUGGCUACUGCCUAAACUUUCUGGUAUUUGUUUCUCUUCUACCUCACUUACAAUUGUCAUGAUUGUUAUCUGCACAUGGAAGUCUUGCUGAUAUAAUUCCCAGCAUGAUAUUUGUGAUCAUCAGUUUCAUAAGAUUUCUGCUGCUGAGGAAUCAAAAGUAGUUGUUAGUACCAUUUAAACAAGAAAAGGAAAAGACAGAAAAGAUUUGGUGUUGGAAACAUUGAUUGGUUUUGGAGUUGGAAUCAUGAACACCCGUUACUCUUUUCAACCGGAUUCGUUGUGUAAUUCAAGCACUGCAGUUUCAUAUUCAUCGAAUCCUCCUGGAGGAGAAGAUAGAAUGGCUGCAGGUGCCCGAAACAGGUCUCCUCGUGCUCCCCCUUCUUCACUCUUGAUAAGAAUGGCGAUGAGGAUAUCCAGAGCAAGGUGGUUUACCUUCUUAAGAAGAGUUUUCCACUACCAAAAUGGUUCAAGAUCCGAUCUUGGGUCGAACCCUUUCAAUUCAAGCACUUGGAUGAUGCUGGAGUUCUUAGCUUUGGUGAUUCAAAUAAGCAUCACAACAUUCACUUUGGCCAUUUCAAAGAAGGAGAGGCCUGUUUGGCCUAUGAGGAUAUGGAUUGUUGGCUAUGACAUUGGUUGUCUCCUCAGCUUGUUACUUCUUUAUGGUCGUUACCACCAUCUUUACAUAACUCAAGGAGAUGGUUUUGGCCUUUCUGACGUGGAACAACAGCGGGCAAAUGAAGAAUCAAGGAGCUCACAUCUGAUGAACAAAUGCCGGACCUCGCUAGAGCUGUUCUUUGCAAUAUGGUUUGUGAUGGGAAAUGUUUGGGUGUUUGAUUCUCGCUUUGGAUCCUUCCACCGAGCUCCGAAUCUUCAUGUUCUCUGUAUCUCAUUGCUAGCAUGGAAUGCUCUCAGCUACUCUUUCCCGUUCCUGCUGUUCCUGCUUCUAUGUUGCUGUGUGCCACUUAUCAGCAGCCUCCUAGGAUACAACAUGAACAUGGGUUCCAAUGACAGGGGGGCAUCUGAUGAUCAGAUCUCCAGGCUGCCUAGUUGGAGAUAUAAAGAAAUCAACACCAACUUGGAGCUUGACCAUGAUUCAGACUGCAAUGCAAGCCUCGCAAAUGAAGAUCCAGAAUGCUGCAUUUGCCUGGCCAAGUACAAAGACAAGGAAGAGGUGAGGCAGUUGCCAUGUUCCCACAUAUUUCACCUCAAAUGUGUGGAUCAGUGGCUUCGGAUUAUUUCUUGCUGUCCUCUUUGCAAACAAGAACUUGAGAGAUAAGAAAGCAAAGACCACAGCUGCAGAAGCUCUUUCUUCCUCAAUUUUUUUUUCCUUUUUCCCUUCCGACUUUCGUCCUUGAUUCCCCAUGGUGUGAUUUAUUUGUAUUUACAAAAGGUUACUAGAGUGAGUUUUCUUGUUUGUACAGUGGUGCUCACCAGUAACCAAAAACCAUACACAAAAAAAAAAAGGCCAUAUACUGAAAGCAUACUGUUUCUGAGAAAUAUGUAUAGCAGAAAGAAUGGCAAAUUUUGCUUCCUAAUGGCAGCAGAACCCAUUUCUCCUCUCGAAAUCAAUACCCACACUUUCUAUGUGUAUAA